UCAACGUAACUUGUAUGUUAUAAGUUAUUGCCUAAUUAUGUUUUUCGUUAAUAAACGCUUACUUACGUUUGUAUUUUGAAGUACCCAAGACUUUCUAUUACGUAGUUGAUGAGGAAAUAAUGGGUAAAUUCGACUUUUUGACUGUGGUAUAUGGAUAUGCAGUGGCGGGAGGCAUACAGGAAGAUUUGUAUGUUCCAAAUUGGAAGAGUGAUUUGAAAAGAAUGACACUAGGAUUAACGUGGGCAAGACAAGAGUAGUCAGUUGAGGUUCAUUUAUUAAUAAAAAAAUGGAUAAGAGGGUCUAACAAUGGAGGGGAGAAGAAACUAGAAGCUACAAAUACCUAGGAAUAGUGCUCCAGGAAAAACUUGGGGGGGGGGGGGGAGCAUUUGAAGGAAAAAGUGAAAAAGAGCAGACAAGCCUUGCACAUAUGCACUGAUGAUAAGUUAGCUUUGAAUCCCGGCUUCAUUUCAAUACUCGUACCAUAAUUGAAGUACAGUGCAACAAAACUCAGGAAAGAAAGUUUGAAAUAUGGCCCAGUUCUUGGAAUUCAGUAAUGGUUAUGGCCCAACUUGGGAACAGCCUGUGAUAAAAGUACCUCAGAGCACAAAAAAAACCCUAUUAGAGCUUCAUGAACUAAUGAAAACACGACCAGACAUUGACUUCCAACGAACAGAUGAAGAUUUCCUCAUGCGUUUCCUGCAUGCCCGAAAAUGCAUAGUAGAAGAUGCAUUCGAGCUGUUGGUUAACUAUUAUUCGUAUCAUCAGCGCAACGAAGAGCUUUUUGCAAGGUUGUCCGUGGAAGAUGAAUCCAUUCAGCUGGCUCUGAAGGAUGGCUUUCCCGGGGUCCUUAAGAACAGAGACAGGAAAGGCCGCUGCGUGAUGGUGUUGUUUGCCGCCCACUGGGACCCGGCGGCAUACUCCCUGCUCGCGGUGUACCGCUCCAUGCUCCUGUCGCUGGAGCACCUGGUAAGGAAGCCGUGCAACCAGCUCAACGGGUUCGUUGUCAUCGUGGACUGGAGCGACUUCUCGUACCGCCAGUCGUCCAACCUCAACCCGCGGAUGCUCAAGCUGAUGAUCGAGGGCCUGCAGGACUGCUUCCCGGCCAGGUUCAAGGCCGUCCACUUCAUCAGCCAGCCCUGGUACGUCGACACCAUCCUCACUGUCAUCAGGCCCUUUCUCAAGGAGAAAACAAAGAAAAGGAUUUUUUUGCACGGCAACAACUUGAGCACACUGCAUGAGAAAGUGCCCAAAGAUGUUCUGCCAGCAGAGUUGGGCGGGGAAGGGCCGUCGUACAAUCCGCUUCUGUGGGCCAACAAGCUCAUUGAGUCAGGAGCAAACCUGGUGGAGGCCACGCCCAAACCUGUCGCCAGCAGUCAAAAUGAAGAAGUUCGGAAUGCUAGCAGUUCUAAAAGGACGUCUGAAACGUACACGUUUGAUGCCUUUUCAGAAGGAGAGGAGGAUGAUUAGAUUAUGGUCAUGAUCAUGAAGUGUUCAGGCUGGAGUUAUUUACUUAGCUGGAUGAUUCUGAAGGAUGACAGUUUUUGGGGUUGAGUGAGUUCCUGAAGUUCAUGAACAUUGUUUUUAGACAUUCAUCUUCAGUUAUGGUGUUUGAAUAUAAAUACUAUGUAAAUUGCCAGGGUACAUGGUUGACAUUUGUUUUAAUUUGCAUUUUACUGUGUACUUUAAGCCAGCAUUUAUUUUGCAUUUAUUUUUAAAUGUAAAAUCAUUAUGUAUUUAAAAUCCUGCAUUUAUGUAUGAUUUGCUGUAAUCAGUGUAAAUUUCAAUGUGUAACUCUCCUUGCCAAAUUUUAUGUUAAUGAAGAUGUAGUGUUAAUGAAGUGAAGAUGUAGGUACUAAAAAACCUGGUUAAUUCAGCUGUUACUCAUCAGUUAUAUUUAAAACUUUUGGUAAUUUAAAAUAUUAAGAAAAUUAAAAUUCUAGGAUUGAUAUUGUAAAUAAAAAAAAUUACACUUUAACAAAAUCUUAUCCUAAUUUAAUUGGAAACAUGCAUAAGUUCCUUUUAUACAAAUAUUAAAAUCCAUAUUUAAAUAGUAUUUAUUAAUCUGAGUGCUUAUUUUAUUUUUAAUUUAGAACUAACUUUCACAAUUCAAGUAUGUAAAGUAAAUUAAAAAAAUAUAUCUAGUUUCAGCUUGAUGUUUUAUUUAAUGUAUUAUGUUAUUUGAGCAUAUGUAGUCCCAAAACUUUGAAUUAAAAAUGGGUUCUGUACUAAAACCUUUGUUAACAAAAGUUAUGACAUUUUACUAUUGUUUAACCAUUUUAUGUACAUUUAAAUUAACUUCAUGAAUUUUUGGAUUGAUUUUUAUUUUUUUUUUUUUUGCUUGCAGCUCCUCAUUCAAAAAAAUAAUUUGGUUUGCCUAUUUUAUAUUUAUUUUUUUAUUUUAUUUUUCCAAUGUUGUGGUAAAUGAAAGAGCUACCUACUUUUGUGGGAUAUGUUGAUAAGCAUUGAUUGUUAUUGUUCAAGUUAUUCUUUUAAGUUUUUUUGUGUUUGUCAUAAAUUUUAAUUCAUACAAAUUAUAUUUUAUGGAAUUCCCUUGAAAAAUAAUGCAAAUGUUAAGGAAAAAAUAUUUAUGAUAGUUUAUUAUUAAGAUUACAAUUCCAGGAAUCUGUGUCUAGGCAUUUCUUCUACCUUUGUUUGUCUUGCAUGGACUUCUUAAAGGGAGAAGAGGAAAAAAAGAAAAUUUUUUUUUCACAGAAAAAGGCCUGCUAAUAAAAUACGUUUAGUCCCCUAUCGUUGUAAACAAUUGUAAUUGAUAUAUUUCUAAAUUUAUAAUGUGAUCAGAGUGCAUUUAUUUUACUUGUGUUGUAUUUAAUGCUUUAUUGUUUUGUAUAAGUUAAAGUGUGGUAAUGUGGCCUUCUGAGCUAAUUAUAUACAAGCAUUUUAUCGUGAGAAUUGUUUGUAUAUGUUUCACUUCAAAAGAAGGCUUUUUACAGUAGAACUUUUUUAACAUGUCCAGAUUUUACAUUAUCCUGCAUUUUUACCCUGUUUUUCUGGUCCCUUGUGUUGUGGAGGGGGGGGGGGAAGGGAUUGUUCUCUAUGUGUUAUGUUUUAUCAGUAUUUUAUCUGGAGCCCACAUAGGUGUAUAAAUUGUCCAUAUUUUGCUGUACGAAAUGCCAAAAAAAAUUUUUUUUAAUUGGAAUUGAAUUAGUUUGCAAUUAUUUGUUUCUAGAUGCAUUGCAUGUUGAUUAUAGCUGUAGGGAAUGAACCAGGGUAUCGCAACUCUUGUGGUGGGCUAACAGAGGUUUUGCUGAAUCUCUGCAUCCUUGAUUCCAUCGAUAAAUGCGCUAGUAACUAGCUGCUGUUGGAACUCUGCAGGAGCAUCUGAAUAGGCAAGGUGCGCAAGUCUUUCGAUGUCCGCCUCAAACUCCUGAAGGGUUUCUGAAGAUUGGUGUUGACAUGUCUUCAAUGCAGUCCUGUACUCUUUGCCCAUGUUUCGGUCGCCAUGAAUAUUUCAAGAGCUUCUACUAAUAAGGCAUAGUCCUGAUACAGAACUGGUAGCCUUCUCUUCCUCGCUCCUCUCAAUCACUUACACAGUUAGCUCAAACUGUCACCUGUAUACUGUCCACGAAGAUUGGCCAUCAAAGGUGGGUGGCUUGAAGUUUGAGUGGCUGUUGGUUGUGCCCCCAACCUUGACAUUCCCGGAGACAUAUUCCGGCUUGCAGUAGCUGAAGCUUCCUUAAUCAGUUUAAACGUGUCGUUCGGUGGCCUGUUUAAGCCGCAUUAGCUGUUGUGCCACUAUAUCUUCAUGUUCAGCUAGGUGUUGCCCCGGUCAAGAGUAGAAUUAAUGUUUCAAAUGAAUUGGGUCCUUAAUUUUGGUUCAAACUUCAUGAAAUUACAUGCAUUUUUUAAAUUAUAAUACAAAUUUUUCAUGAUUUAACAUGAGGUUUGUUUCGGUGCUACUUAAUAUUUUUUUUUUUUAACUUAAUUACAUUUUUAUACUGUAUAGUGAUUUAAUUGCAUUUUUAUGUUAUAUGGUGUAUUAACUUGUAUUUUGAUGUUAAAUAGUGUAUUGAUACGCAUUUCAGUGUAAUUAGGAGUUUAUAGCAAUUUACAAUAUAAUCUUGUCCCUAUUGAUUACUUGUUUAACAUUGUUUUGUGCCCAGUUUCUUGAAAACCUUAAAUUAUUUUGAAUCUGAAAUGGAAUGUACCAUGUUUUAUAGCAUUAUCGUCGCACCAUUAUUUUAGGGCGUCAAAAUUUGUAGGGAGAAAAACUCUCACAUAAAAGUCGCAAUAUGUUUUUAGAUUCCGAGCACUUUGUGUAGGUAGUAAACAUGACACUAUAAAGCACCGUGCAACACCAAUCUGUUUUCAAGUUGCUGUCGGGCAGUGUGGUAGUUAUAAUGGGAAAGUACAGUAUUAAUCAUGUAAGAUGUACCCGCUCAAUACAGUUUCCUUCCAGUAUGGUCAAAUGUUUCGGUCCCUCCAUUUUCUCAAUAAGAUAUAUAUCAUAUUUUUCCAUGUAAGAUGUUGCCCAUAAACUUAUUUUCCCAUAUUAAAGGAUGUACAUAUUUUUAAUUUGAAAUAUAUUAUUCCUUUGGAUAUUACCACUUAUUUAUUUAAUCAAUAGAAAUACGAAGUUGGUCCGAUGUGUAAAUUUUCUUUUAAAGACAUUGUCAAACGUUGUAACGUUUAUUUGUUUUUCUUCGUUGCUGCUGUGUACCACGUACAAAAAUGUAGCCAGCGCUAGUUGGCAAAAAUUCAUUUAUUGAUGCCCGUAUAAAGUGCACACACGUAGUCGAAUAUCAAUAUUGAUAGCUCGCCGAUUGCUUGCAACGCGCUCAAUUUGCCUAGUGCAGAAUAAACUGCAUUUGAUAGCCCACACUCUUUUGUGGUUAGUGUGUACUACGAUGAUAUUUAUACAUUAGUUCUGACUUAUGUUCAAGUCACGGUUCAUUUUUUUCUAUUUGAAGUUGAACAAAUAUGUUUUUAUUGUAUGACUUAUUAAUGUAAUGUUUGGUGUGCUUUUAUAUACUUUACUUUUUAAUUAAAUGUACUGUCCAUGCAAUAUAUUUUGUUUUUAUGAAUAACUUUACCUCAGAAAUUUCUUGCAUAAAACUUGCACACCUACUUUUCAGACUUGAUUUUAGUAUAAAAUGUCUGACAAUCAUGCGAUAAAACACAGUAAAUUACUGGUACAGAAAAAUCACCAUUUACCUAAGUGCCUUAAUUAUCAAGGGAGAAACUUACAGGAAUUAAUCUAAUGUGUGCCAAAUUUAGCAGCCAGGAGUUGUGUUAUCUGAACUAAAAGGCAGGAGUUGUUGGCACCCUUUGGCCGGUCACUGUACACAGUGUGCAUUUAAGACUUUUAUUGCUAGUUACACACUUGAACUCUGCAGUAUUAAGUUGUAUUUGUUAUGUAAGAAAACUGUACAUUUUUGUGCAGUGAGUGAAAUGAAUUACUGUUUGUACCAUAAUUAUUUGCAUUUGAAGAGUUUGCAUUUAAUCAUAAUAUGUAUUAUGUACAUAACAUUUUUUAUCAUUUAAGUUUUGUGUUUAUUGGUAAUGGUUCUGAUAGAAUUAAUUAGUAAAAUACACAUUUAUAUACAAGAUGUCUGGUCUGUUAUGUGAAGGAGAGUGUUGUUAAUGUUAAAAGUGUGUUCAAUAGUCAGAAUUUAAUAUAAAAAAAUUAUAAAUAAGUUUACUGUAUCAUUAAUGAAUGAUAAGCAAUUUUAAACACACAUUUAACAAAAUCUCUCAUAGCUCUUUGUAAAUAUGAAGCAUGCUUACAGUUUUAAUUGUGUAUACAUUGUCUGCCAUACUGUCUUUCAUUCCUGAAAAUGUAAUUUUUCGUACUAUCAGUAUUGUAGCAUUUCAGCAUUUUAUCUAUAAACAUGAAUGUAAAAAUUCUGUGAAAUAACUAAAAUGGUAAGUCUCUUAGUAAUCAUAAUUUAUAGUAUACAAAAUAGGUAAAAGUGAUAUCUUUUAGGGAUCUUUUAUGGAUUGAAAAGUUGGUUGGUAUUUGUAUUUUCUUUUAAUUUUAAGGGUUUGCGAUGAAAAAAAGAUUAUACAGUUUAAUAGUUUAUUGUUAAAGUGCCUUUGAAAUGUGUAAUAUAUAGUACAUAUUUGUUUGUAUCAAGAGACUAUUUUUUACAAUUGUGCCCAGUUGUUUUCCAACAAUUUAUUAUUUUGAUGCUUUUCACCACUAUGCCUGUAGCAUUUUGACUGAAGAAGCUACUACAUUGAAUAAAUUUGAAUAAAUUUUUGGCAGUAAAAUA